AUGGGUAAUUAAACUUCUUAUGUAAAUGAAUAAGUGAUUUCAAUGGAUGGAAAAUUAGAAGAUAAUUUAGAAUGCAUUGGAUCAAAAUAACAUAAAUAUUUAGGAUUGAUUUAAUUAUGGAGGAGAGAUUCUAAAAGUAAACCAACAAUCUUUUCAAAAGUAUCAAUAUACCUAGUGUAAUAAGCAAUCACAUAGUGGAUAACGACAUGAUAUCAAUAUGAAUGAACAUAAUGAUAGAAAAAAAGUUAAUCAUCCAAAUAUUCUAUAAUAUUAUGGCUGCUAAUCUAAUUAUUUAACAUUUAAAGGUAAUAUCCUAUAAACUAAAUUCUUUUUUGAAUAUAUAUCAAAUACUUUAGAUAAUAUUAUCGAUUUUCAUAAAAAGAAUUGUAGUUAUCUAGAAGAAUCUGAAAUUUGGAAAGUAUUUUAUAUUAUCAUAUUAUUCAUUUAGAUAAUAUAAUAAAUAGUUUCUGCUUGUUCAUUUUUAUAAAAAUUAGAUUUAUUUCAUGGAGAUUUGAAUCCAUAAACAAUCUUUAUUGAUAAUUCAAAAUAAGUUAAAAUAUUGGUACUUGAAAUAAAUAACUAAAUAGUAUCAUAAUGCUUAUCCAGAAAUUAUUACAUCAUAUGCUAAAUUAUUAGCAUAUUAGGAUGCUAGUGUUUACAUAUCACCAUAAUAAUUAGAUUCUUUAGCAACCUAAUCAGUAACUCCUAAAGAUGACCCUUUAAAAACAGAUUCAUUUUAAUUUGGACUCACAUUAUUAGAAUUAAUGACUAUGACAUCAAGUAUUAUAUAAUUAUUUAUUAUGAGUCUUCGAAGAUUGUAUAGAUUAUUAAAGAAAAACUAUUUAUUAUAAAUCUAUUAUGGAUCUAUUAUCAUCAGCAAGAAAGAGAUAUUCUUAAUAAUUGAUUAAUUUAGUAUAAAGAUUGAUAACAUUUGAUGAAUAAUCAAGACCAACACUUUCUGAUAUCCUUUUUGAUACUAAUUUCUAAUAAUAAGGUAGUACUUUUUUACCUUAAUCUAAAAUAAGAAGAUAUACAUCACCUCCUAAAUAACCUGAAAGAACUAAUUCACCUCCACCUGAUAUGGGAUUUAGUAGCAAAUCUCCAGAUCAAAGAGAUUUAUCUAAUCAAUCAUUUUUUAGAACUCCUUUAUAAAGAAGUUAUUCUCCUAUUUUGGAUAGAUCUGCUAAAUAUCUAAGUCCUGCUUAAAGUAGAAAUACAACAGCCUUAAGUAUUUUUAAUAAGAGUCCAAACUAAUAAAAAAUAUUGAUUUAAAAUUCAACUCCAAUUAAAAAUGAAAGAGGAAGAAAACUUAAUACUGUUACUGAAAAUACUAGAAAUGUUUUGAUCAUAAGCAGAAGUCCAAUAUAAAAUUAAUCAAGAAAAACAUCAUUUUAAUAUAAUUCAAAUCAUCAAUCUUCUAUUAAAAUUGUUAAUCCUUAAUAAUAUGUUAACUUUUAGUCUCCAUAUUAAUAAAAAUUUUAUUAGGAAUCAAUUAAUUAGAAAUAAAUAAAUCCUUAACAACAGUUUUCUUAGACUCUCUAACAUUUUGUAUAACCUUAUCACAACAAUUAAGAAAACUUUAAUAAUACUUUAAAAAAACCUGAAUCUAAACACUUUUCCCAACAUUAAGAAGCCUAAUUACAUAGCAUACAAUAAUAAUAGACUCAAUUAGUAAAUCCACUUGGUAAAACACCAUAAAAAGUGCCAUCAAAAGGUAUUAAUUUACUAUCCCCACUUUAAAGUAAUAAUAAAUGA